UGCCAUAUACUACCCUACAGCCAUGAUUCAACACCACGAGUAUGGAAACGAGGAUUGACUUGCAGACUCUUCCAUUACCGUUACCUGAUUUGUACCUGUAUCUGGAUGUUUGGGACUUCUUGGGCGAUGUUUUGGACAAGACUACGGACCUCGGCUGGAAUCUACAGGGUGAUUUUUGGGCAUGUAUACGAAUGCUGACGCCGACGCCGAGUCCCGAUGUCCCUCUGGAUCUUGUUGUGCGGGAAGGGACGCGUGGGCUAGUGAGAUGAGCGGUGUUGGUCAGCACGGGAUCCAGACGAUGGGGAGGUUGAAGCAUGAGAGGACUACAAGAGGGAAAAGCGACAAAGCUGACUGUGCAUUUGUGGAGCAUUCUGGGUGGUGAAGGAGAAAGAGACGGUGAUGAUGAAGGAAUUGUACUUGUUCACUGGCAUGGUACUCAUUCCUCACUCCUCGGAGCCGGACACUGCCGAGCCAAACUUUACGGAUGAAGUAAAAAGAGAGAGAGAGAGAGAGAGCGACAUGCAGCUGCAUGGAAUCCCGAAUCCCUACCGUGCACGACAC